AUGCCUGCAAAUAUAGGUCUUCGCACGGAUCUUUUGAAUGAAGAAAAACAUUCUAAUUCUAGUACUUCUAUGCAAAUAACGACAAUCGAAGAAAAUGAUCAUCACAUUCUUGAUUUGUUGUUAAGCGAAAGUUUCAGUGACGCUGAAUUGGGCUUAGAUCAACCUUUGGUACCAACUAAAUAUACCUUCGAAGAGAAUGGUUCAUGUAGUAAUAAUGUCAUUGAAACUAAUGUUCAGUCAAGAGAAGUAUCCAUUUUACAAGACCUAGGAGAUUCAAAUCCUGAAAGAGAGGAAAUUAACAAUGUAUUAAUAUCACAGGAUGUUAUUGAUUCUUUAACUAGUGUAAAGCAUGUUGCACUCAUAGCAUUAGAUAGUCUUCUACGUCAAAUUGUUGCCGAUCACAAUUCUUAUAUUAUGACAUCUGAAAUAAGGUCAUCACAUUCAAAAAUGGAUUCUUGGAGAAAACGUUCUUUCUCUUUUAGUGAUUCUCUGUCACAAAAUGCUAAUCCUGUAUUAGAACAUUUACCCCAAGAAGAGAGAAAUUCCUGGAUAAGAUCUCAACUAUUGGCUGAUAUUGCUCAAAAUGCAACAAUGCUGAGUACUGGAAAUGAAAUGUUACAAAUAGAUUCAAGACAGCAAUAUUCACCUGAUGUUGCUACACUUGAUAUAAUUCGGCGUCAGUUAAAUUCGAGUAAUUCGGUUAUUUUAAGUGAUAAUUAUAGCUUAGCAUGUACUUUGGCUGCCUUACUUGGAUAUUUGUAUAGAAUAUUAGAAUUAUGUGAUUCUAAAAAUCCUAAUCCAUGUUCUACAUCUGAAUUAUCAAAUACUAUCCAAGCUUCUGAAGAAAUUUUACAAUCUACUUCAAAUGAUGAUAUUUAUAGUACAUUACAUAAAGAAGUAACAACUUUACAAAAUCGACGUGCAAGUUUAAAUUUAUAUAACAACGUUACAGAUGAACGUCUUGCAACUUGGAAUGAGAUUGAUCGAUUAAUGGAAGUUGUUGCUGCUUUAUGUCAUGAAAGAUCCAAUAAUGAUCCACCUCCUGAAUAUUCAAAUAACCUUACAGAAGGUGAUAAUGAAGCUAUAGUUGAUCCGCCAAAAUAUCCAUUAGUUAGUGGAAAUUUAAAUAUAAACAUAGACAAUGAAAAAACAAAAUUAGAUUUGGAUAAUGUUAUCUCUGCAAUAGACCGUGUUUAUAAUGUGGCUCCUCAACUUAAUAAUCAACGUGUUGAACUUAGUCCACGUCAAAAGAAAAGAUUAACCGCUGCGACUUUAUCAAAUGUCAUUCAGAAACUAUCUCGUGGACGUCUUGAAGAACAACGCGCUGAUUCUUCAUCUAUUGUAAAAUAUCAAACUUUGAAUCGGCUUGUCGACCAAAUAAACAAGGCUGCUGAAAGAAGUUUUGUGGAUCAGCGUGUUGAACUUAGUCCUCGUCAAAUUCGACAACAUGAAGUUGCUAAACUAAACGGUAUUAUUGAACGUCUUGAAAAAAAUAGAAUGACAAAUCAACUUCUUAUUCAGGAUUUAACAAGACUUACAAAUGAAUUGACAAGAACAAGUGCUGACACUAUUUAUGCCUCUCAACGAUAUAAACUCUCACCUGAUAAAGAAAGAGAUAUGUUUAUGAACAGUAUAAUCAAAAAAGUUGAAAAAAUGCAAUCAUAUCGUAUGGAAGAUCAGGACGCAGAAUCACCUACUGAACGUAAAGAACGCGCAUGGAAAGAAAUCGAAAACGUGCUUACUAAACAACAAUAUAGUCCCUCCAUGAACUAUCAGCGUGCCACAUUGACCCCCAAGAAACAAAUUUUUAACUAA